AUUCGUACACAGAUGCACGCAUUCAAUUGUUAUUUGGUCUCGAGACGACGUGCAAAAGCCAGUAUAGAUUUGUCAUCAGACCAUCAAACCCCAAAAGCACUCCUCAGAUCAAGAUGGUGAACCAAAAAGUAUCCUUCAUUUUCUCUCUCUGCUACUUGAUGACAAAUGGCUUCCCUGCCUGUGAUUUCAUUCCUGAUGGAACCAUCCCGUGCUCGCAGUCUGAAAUACCUUUAAAUGUGAGCUCAGAGAGUGCCGCGGAGACCUGGACCAAGUGGAUGGAAGUGGUCGACAGGGAAAUCUUGUCCAAGGCCCUUAAAAAGGUCAUAAAAGAAGAGCAGCAAGAGCCUAAGGGACUCGAAGGAUUGGACGUCAAAGUAACUGGCAUUGAAGUCGACGACGAAGCCUUCUGCCGAAUCAGCACUGCAUCCUUUAAGGUCCCUGAUCCAUCAGUUGGUCUAAUUGACAUCGAUUCCACUACUGAUCUCAUUGACAACGAUGGUGACCUAAGCCUCCGAGUCACGGUCUUCAACUGCAAUGAGGUCCUGACCAGUGGUAACAAGGAGCUCUUCGCUUUCUUCUUCCCAGUUCUUCAAAAGUUUAUGGCCGUGGCCUUGGAAAUGGCCACGUGUGUUUUCUCCAAUGAGGAUUACGAACAAUGUUUUGCCUUGGUGGAGUAACUCGUGCGUGCUUAUAACCUAUGAUUAGUUAAACAAAAAGACCUAUGUCAGAGAA